UAUUACUACAUUUUUGAAAAGACAAUGCUGAUUUAGUAUUUGACCAUCAAUUUUGAAAAUUAUUUUCAAAUAUUUGUUCGACCAUAUUUUUGAAAACCAAAUCAUAUAUUUCGACUUCAAAAUUGAUGAUCAAAUAGUAGCUUAUAGUUGGAAUAAUUAUGUAACAUUUUUUUUUUCUUUAAAAUUGUCUCGAGUAUAUAUAUAUAUAUAUAGGACAGUCACAGUUUUAUGAAACCGUCGGAACACGGUGGUUGCUAUCAGCGACGAUGACGACGAAGUGCCGACAUCGCGUGUUACACGCGCUUCCAGUAACGGUGGAGGAGAAGAGAGAGCGAAUCAACGGAAACGGAAGAAAGUGAAACUCGAACAAGAAGAGGAAAAGCCGAAAGUGAAGGAGGAGGAGGAGAGCGAGUAAGAGGAGGAAGAGGAGAAAGGGAUAGGGAAGAGAGUGAAAAAGCCGAAGAAAGUUGAUGAAGAGGAGGAGGAGGAAGCGGAGGUGGAGGUGGACCGGGUUGAAGAAGUGGAGGCGGUAAGAGGAGGAGGAAGGGCAGAAGGAGAAGUAGUUGGAUGAUGCGAAGCCGAUUGAUGAGGCUACUCGGGUUACUGGAAAAGGAAGGUGGAAGGAGAAAGCAUUAUGAGUCGUUUGAGCAUGAUGGAAAUGGCUAUGAACUACAAACAAAAAUAUGGGAAAUUGGCGGCACGUGGUGGUAGCCGUAAGCGACGACGAGGAUGAUUAGGAUGAAAUGCCGAUAUCACAUGUAACACGCGCCUCCAACAACGGCGGCGGAGAAGAGAAAACGAUUCAACGGGAAUGUAGGAAAAUGAAACUCGACAAAGAAAAAGAGGAAAGGCCGCCGAAAACGAAGCUGAUGGAGGUUAUUAGGGUUACUGGAAGAGGGAAGAAAAGUUUUUAUGAAUCGUUUGAGUAUGACGGAAAGCACUAUGAACUUGAAGAUCCUGUGCUCUUGGUUCCAGAAGCAAAAAAUCAAAAGCCUUAUGUGGCAGUUAUCAAGAAUAUUACUCAGACCAAGGAUGGCAACAUGAUGGUCACAGGACAGUGGUUUUACCGACCUGAGGAAGCAAUAAAAAGAGGUGGUGGAAAUUGGCAAUCACGAGACGCGAGGGAAUUGUUCUAUAGUUUUCACCGGGAUGAGAUCCCGGCGAAGUCGGUCAUGCACAAGUGUGUGGUGCACUUUGUACCGUUAAACAAGCAGAUUCCAAGAAGGGAAGAGCAUCCUGGUUAUUUUGUUCAGAAGGUAUAUGACACUGAACAGAGGAGGCUUUUCAAGUUAACAGAUGAGGACUAUGAAGAUACCAAACAGCAUGAGACUGAUCUGCUUGUUCAGAAGACUAUAGCACGAGUUGGGCAUCUUCCUGACCUUGAAACUGAGGAUAAUUCUGCAGCUCCUGUUAGUCAGGAAGACCAAUUAAAGAGUAAACGACUUUUGAGGAAGAAGUGCAUGAUGUCUUUGGAUGUCACCAGAGACGAUGAAGCACCGUCUAGAUAUGGUCAGCCUAUAGCAGAAACUCCAGGCAGUUUUGCCAGUAAUGCAUCAGAAUACUUCAUCAUCCUUUCAAACUUCAAAGUCCUAACAGGUGAAACACAACGUGACAAAUGGCUGGAAAAAUUGCUGCAAUCAAUUCAGUAUUUCUGCAACCCUGUGAAUAAUGUACAAAAUGAUGGUAAAGAAAAAGGGGGCUCAGAUGCUGCUGAUCUUACUGGUAACACAGAUUCUGCAAAACACGUGAAUGAGUCUCUAGACAACAGUGCUGACGGUGAUGUGUUCCGAUGGCCAGACAGUGUUGUCCCUGCUGUAGUUUCUCUAGAGAAAGCCGCACAUGAGGCCCUCUCAUCUGAUUUUCAGAAGUACAAUCAGAAGAUGAGGCAGUUAACAUUCAAUCUUAAGAACACCUCACUCUUAGCACGCCGUCUUCUGAAAGGGGCGUUGGAUCCCUCUCAGAUACUGAACAUGUCCCCGAAUGAGCUAAAGGAAGCUUUAACAGCAGAAGAGUUAGCAUGCAGGGAGCCCGAGGAGCCAGAGCCCAUACAGAUGACUGAUGCUCGUUGUAAAAGAUGCGCAGAAAAAAAAGUGUGGCUCAUGGAGAUUAUUCAGGCUGGACAUGGAGAUCAUUACUCGGUUUGUCCUUGCAGCUUUUCUUUGGGGUUUGAGAUUGACUUGCUACAUAUAUACAUCAUGAUGUUUCUUUUUGGCUGGAGCGUAUUGCUUGCGGCAAUACUUGGUAUGCUUCUGGGAACAGAACCGUUGGCCAAUGCUAAGUUUGAAGAUGUCGAGAAGAACUUAGCAAGUCCACGAAGAGCUGAUAAAGGAGCUAGCGACAUUCUAAAGAAAACAACUGAAGCUUACAUGCCGGUUCUAGAUAGCCAGAAAUCAUUUAAUUAGACCAAGCCUGAAAACAGCGCUACUACUAGCAAUGCUGACUGAAGCGUCUGCUAGUUUCUCAGUCCAUUUUAGACACAACCAUCUCCGAUAAGUUAUAGAUAGUGCACAGAGAUACAGUUCUUUCUACUGUUUACUGGUUCUUGCUGGUAUAGAUAUACGUGGUAGUUGAAAAAAUCAUAGUCUGGCUAGAAACUCAAUAGUGAAGGGUGCGACCACCUGGUAUGAUGUCCGCCUUCUUAAUAUUAUAUACAAUCUGCAAAGUCUUAAAAGGUAGGCUGAAGUUGAUGGGUGUAAUGUUAUGUAUUUUUGGAUUAUUAUUUUGUUUCUCCUACUUAGAUGUGAGGUGAUUUAUGUUUUGAAGGGGAGCGUUGGAGUAACUGGUAAAGUUGUUGCUAUGUGAUCUGGAGGUCGCGGUUCAAGCCUUGGAAAGAGCCUCUGGCAGAAAUGCAAGGGUGGGACGUGCCUUUGUACGGUGAAGACAGUACCUCAGAACAGUUCAGAAUUUGCCUGGAAAAAGCAGAGUAUAUAAUCCAUCGUCAAGAAGUAGAUUACUCCUGAGCAUGUAUGAAUCUAUCCUUCAGGCUACUACUGUACAACACGGAUUGAAAAAACAAAAGAAAAGCACGAAAGACCGCAAGACACCUGGUAUUAACCCGAAGAACUAUGUUGUAUAUGAGUGUCAUUUCUGCUCACAUCGGAAUGUAAAGAGAGGAGCCCCAAGAGGCUAUAUGAACGACCUAUAUCUUGCCAAGCCAAAAACUCCAAGAGUUGACCCUACUACAUCAGCAACCCGAAAGUCUGAACAGUUGGAUACAUGUAUCGAUAAGGCAAGAGUUGAUCCUACUGAAUCAGCAUUGCGAAAGCAUUGCGAAAGUUUGGAACAUUUGGAUACGGUAGUGACUAGUAUCAAUAACGCAAGAGUUGACACUACUCAAUCAGCAAUCCAGAAGUUCGAUCAACAGUUUGAUGGUUCAGGGAGUAAUACCAAUAAAGACAAUAAGACAAAUGUAAUAGUUUCAUCUGAAAUAGUUUUAGAUGAUCCUUGGGCUAGUCCUACUACUACAAUAUAGAUAGUUGCAGUCACUUCUUUGUUGGACUCGAAAAAGAGGAAAAGAAAUAGAAUGGGAUCCAAGAAGAAAGUUGAACCUCAGGAUGGUUUAUCCAUAACAGAUGCUGAGAAGACGUCGUGGAGUGAGCUAAAGAAGAAAUCUUGGACUAGUUUGAAGGAAAUUGCUGGAAGUCAAAGAGUAGCAAUAGCAGGAAGUUCUCCAACAUAUCUGUUCCUUUUGUUCUUUAAUUGUGAGAAUUGUAUCGUUGCUUGCUGAGCACCCUUUAGUAUUGAUACAAUCAUAAUCUGCAAGUUGUAAGAGUACUUAUGUAUGCAAGGGUGACAAUGAGCUGCCUUCCCAUUUCUAGAUGGGCCAAAAAGAAAUAACAAAAAACAUUUUUUUAA